UAUGGGAUACUGGUGGACCCUAUCCAAGUGGUUUCACUGUUCUUAAAAGACCCAUAUAGCUGGCCUGCACCAUGCCUUGUCAUUGGUAUAUAGCCUAAACCAGUUUCCUCUUUGGCAUGCUAACCAUAUUAUUGUGGUUGUUUGUACAUCUUCCAAAAUCUAUUUAUUUGAAAAGUUCAUUAUCUGGCUUUUGUUGCUUAGCAACCUGAGUCUAUACCUGUUUAAAAUACCAGCAACUGUUUUUCCACCAAGUGUGGGCAAAUGUUCUCAUUUUGGAACAAUAUUGUUGCAAUAUUAUACGGCUGUCUAAUGUGUUUUUAUUGUAUCUCUCCUGUAGUCUCGAACGUGUUCAUAAUGGCAGCUUUGUACACGGAGCGGAGGCUAUCAGUGGUGAGUGUCGUGCCAUAAUGUCUGGGACUAAUGUGAACGAUGCACUGUGAAAUCUUACUAAUCUCUCUGUUGCUCGUGAACACAAGCAUUUCAGACAUCCGUUAGAUGGAAAUGGAGGGGGACAUCUGUUAUGUUGGUUCUGCAUUUCCCCCUAACCAAAACCAAUGUGGCUCCUCUAGCUAGUUGACAACAAGGGCUGUUCUUUGUGUCUUUGGAAGGUCACUUGUUUUUUUGUUUUUUUAAUAUAAGGAUGAUAUUGUAUUUCCCCCCCUAAUAUGUAUUAGAUAGGUGAAAGACUGACAGGAGGUGGGAGGAGAGGGAAGAGGAUGUACUAGAAAGAGUGGGCCGGAUUCAAACCCACACUCUCACUGCUACCCACACUCUCACUGCUACCCACACUCUCACUGGUACCCACACUCUCACUGCUACCCACACUCUCACUGCUACCCACACUCUCACUGCUACCCACACUCUCACUGGUACCCACACUCUCACUGGUACCCACACUCUCACUGCUACCCACACUCUCACUGCUACCCACACUCUCACUGCUACCCACACUCUCACUGCUACCCACACUCUCACUGCUACCCACACUCUCACUGGUACCCACACUCUCACUGGUACCCACACUCUCACUGGUACCCACACUCUCACUGGUACCCACACUCUCACUGCUACCCACACUCUCACUGCUACCCACACUCUCACUGCUACCCACACUCUCACUGGUACCCACACUCUCACUGCUACCCACACUCUCACUGCUACCCACACUCUCACUGCUACCCACACUCUCACUGGACCCACACUCUCACUGGAACCCACACUCUCACAUGUACCCACACUCUCACUGCUCUACCCACACUCUCACUGGUACCCACACUCUCACUGGUACCCACACUCUCACUGGUACCCACACUCUCACUGACCCACACUCUCACUGGUACCCACACUCUCACUGCUACCCACACUCUCACUGUACCCACACUCUCACUGGUACCCACACUCUCACUGGUACCCACACUCUCACUGUACCCACACUCUCACUGUACCCACACUCUCACUGUACCCACACUCUCACUGCUACCCACACUCUCACUGCUACCCACACUCUCACUGCUACCCACACUCUCACUGCUACCCACACUCUCACUGCUACCCACACUCUCACUGGUCCAUGUAUUCUGGAGGCAGCAGCUUAGAUCACUAUACAACCCCAGGCCCACAGAGAUCCCCAUAGAGUUGUAAUUGUAAUCCUGUGCUCAGGCCACUGUGUUAACAAUGGUUUUAAUUCCUGUUGCUCUGCAGGGCAUCAUCUCAGAGACUACUGGAGCGUUCCUUUACUUGGUCAAUCUGACUACCCUCCUCUGUUUCCCAUCAGCCACUGUGCUCACGCUGACCUCCAUGACCCCAGGUGAGAUGGCCUGAUCAUGAUACGCCUGCUUACACUUCAUGGUCAUAUUCAUAGCUCUAAUGUGUCUCAUCUUUGAGCAACGGUAGGCUACUUGUAUUCCUUGAUCAAAAAUACUAAAUGCUUUUCUCAGAGAGGAUCUAUCUAAAAGAGACCCAUAUAUAAUAUAUAGUGUUAUAGUGUGUGUAAAGCUUGAUAAUAUCUAUUUUUUUCUUGUCCAGCUGGGGGAGUCUUUGCCCUGGGUGUGUACACCAUCCUCUUCAUGAAGCUGUACUCGUAUAAGGACGUUAACAUGUGGUGCAGAGAGAUUAGACAUACCAAAGCCCGCACCCUGACCCGCUCCCAUUCAUGUGAGUACUACUGAUCAGUAGUACCACUGUCUAACUUUAUAUGUUAGUCAUUUAGCAGACACUCUUAUCCAGAGAGACUUACAAUUAGUGCAUUCAUCUUAAGAUAGCUAGGUGAGACAACCACAUAUCACAUCAUAUCAAGUACAUUUUCCUCAACAAAGUAUUUAUCAGUAAAGUCAGUGCUAGUAGGAAAAGACUAGGUUCUUUUUGGGGGAGGGAGUGGGUGGCUUUGGGUGCACCGUGGGAGUUAUUUAAGAUACUCUUCAAAGAGGUAGGGUUUUGGACAUUUUUGGAAGAUGGGCAGGGACUCCGCUGUCCUGACUUUAGGGGCAGUUCCUCUCGCUGCUCCGUAGGCAAGCACCAGGGUCUUGAAGAUAAUGCAAGCUACAACUGGAAGCCAGGGGAGUGUGCGGAGGAGCGGGGUGACAUGGGAGAAAGUAGGAAGGUUGAACACCAGGCAGGCUGUGGCAUUCAGGAUAAGUUGCAGGGGUUUGAUGGCACAAGCGGGGAGCCCAACCAACAGAGUUGCAGUAGUUUAGACGGGAGAUGACAAGUGCCUGGAUUUGGACCUGCGCCACUUCCUGUGUGAGGAAGAGUUGUACUCUACGGAUAUUGUAGAGCAUGAACCUGCAGGAGCGAGUCACUGCUUUGAUGUUUUGCAGAGAACGACAGGGUGUUGUCCAGGGUCAAGCCAAGGUUCUUUGCACUCUGGUAGGGGGACAACGUGGAGUUGUCAACCAUGAUGGAGAGGUCUUGGAGCAGGCAGGCCUUCCCCGGGAGGAAGAGCAGCUCAGUUUCGUCGAGGUUGAGCUUGAGGUGGUGAGCCGACAUCCAAGCUGAGAUAUCUGUCAGGCACGCAGAGAUGCGUGUCGCCACCUGGGCGUCAGAAAGGGGAAAGGGGAAGAGUAGUUAAGUGUCAUCCUCAUAGCAAUGAUAGGAGAGACCAUGUGAGGAUAUGACCGAGCCAAGGGACUUGGUGUAAGGAGAAAAGAGGAGAGGGCCUAGAACCGAGACAUGGGGGACACCAGUAGUGAGAGCAUGUGGUGCAGACACAGACCCUCUCCACGCCAUCUGGUAGAGCGACCUGCCAGGUAGGGUGCAAUCCAGGAGUGCGCAUAGCCUGAGAGGGUGGAAAGGAGGAUCUGAUGGUUCAAGGUGUCGAAGGCAGCAGUGGGAUCUAGGAGGAUGAGAACAGAGGAGAGGGAGUCAGCUUUGGCAGAGUGGAGAGCCUCUGUGACACAGAGAAGAGCGGUCUCAGUUGAGCGGUCUCAAGAUCGUUCUGAGAGAGAUGACGAGAAAGUUGGUCAGAGACAGCACGCUCAAGUGUUUUGGAAAGAAAAGAAAGUAGGGAUACCGGUCUGUCGUUUUUGACGUGAGCAGGGUCAAGUGUUGGUUUCUUGAGGAGGGGAGCGACUCUGGCCAUAUUGAAGUCAGAGGGGAUGCAGCCAGUGGUCAGGGAUGAGUUGAUAAGGGAAGUGAGCAAUGGGAGAAGGUCUCCAGAGAGGGAGGAGGGAAUGGGGUCAAAUGGGCAAGUUGUUGGGCAGCCGGACAUAACUAGUCGCAGGGUUUCAUCUGGAGAGAGAGGGGAGAAAGAUGUUGAGGCAUGGGGGAAUUCUCUGUGAAUGGGAUCAGUGGGCUCAGUAGGCUGAGUGAAUGAGUAGUGGAUGUCGUCAGCAGAGUGGGAGGGGGAAGAGGUGGAGGAUUACGGAGGAUGGAGAAGCGUUUCCCAGGGUUGGAGGCAGAAUAUUUCAAUUUAGAGUGACAGUGGCUUUAGCAACGGAUACAGAGGAAGAGAAGGUAGAGAGGAGGGAGUGGAAGGAUGAUAGUUUUUCUCCAUUUCCGCUCAGCUGCCCACAGCCCUAUUCUGUUAGCACGCAGUGAAGCACUCAGCAACGGAGCGGGAGGGGAAGGUCGAGCCGGCCCGGGAGGAAAGGGGACAGUGAGAGUCAUAGGAUGCGGAAAGGGAGGAGAGUAGGGUCGAAGAGGCAGAGUCGGGAAACAGGAAGGACAAUAAUUUAGCAGAAGGGAGAGGAUAGGAUAGAAGAGGAGAGAGUAGUGGGAGAGAGAGAGUGAAGAUUGCAGCGACACAUGACCAUCUGGGUAGGGUUGGAGGAGAGAAAAGGAAACAAAGUAGUUAUCAGAGACAUUAAGAUGAGGUCAAGCGUAUUUCCUGCCUUGUGAGUGGGAGGUGACUGGGAAAGAGUGAGGUCAAAAGAGGAAAGAUUAGUGGUGAGCCAUCGUCAACAAAUGAGCUGGUCAAGGUCAUUGAGGGCACCUGGUGGGCGAUAGAUGACAACAAUGUUAAGCUUGAGAGGAGAAGUGACAGUGACUGCAUGGAAUUCAAAUGAGAUAGACAGGUGAGAGAGGGAGAAAAGAGAAAAUCUCUAUUUAAGAUAAAUGAAUAGCCCUGUGCUACCACCGCGACGACCAGAUGCUCUCGGACUAUGAGAGAACACGUAGUCAGAUGACGAGAGAGCAGCUGGAGUAGCAGUGUUCUCUGGGGAAAUCCAUAUCUCCGUUAGGGCCAAAACGUGAAGGCAAUAUAGGCUGAGAUUAACUCAGCAUACAGGUUUACCUUCAUACUUACCUACCUUACUUGCUGUGUGUGUGCAUUUGCUUGUGUAUUUGUGCGUGCGUGUGCGUGCGUAAAUAGGACAUUCAUUCAUUUAAGUAAAAGCACAAAUAGUUCAAACAUUUUUGAGGUGCUUCAAAUUCUAUGGCUGCCAUCUUUCUACAGUACCCCCGCCAGAGGAUAAUGCUGUACCUGGUUGACAUUGGUAUUUGUGAUCUUUACUCCAGUGCUGCUAGUGUAAUAAUGUGAACUGGAUAGCAUCGGCAAAUUAGCAUGUUGACACACACUCACACUCACUCUCUCUCUCUCACACACACACACACACACACACACAGCUCUGGGUCUUCUCUCAAUUUGCGCCCUCUCGAUAACACGGAUGCUGCCCGAGAUCUGAUUGGCUAUCCCAGGAUUCGUAUAAUUACGCUGACCUCUCCAAGACGUGAGGGGAAAUAGACAGGUAUUUAAUGAGCUGUAUGACUCAUCGCUGUAUGAGUAACUUAUGUGACCUGUUUCUUUGGCUGGGUUGUUGUUUAUUGCGAAAAGCUUUCAGCGUUUGUUUAAAUAUGUAUAUUUUGCCCCCUGAAUAAAUACGAACACACACACAGAUGAUUAGAUGCACCUUCAUGUAUGCAGCAAUGUCACGCUUUCUGAAACGUUACUGUGCUGCCAUCGCCAUCUAUUGGUUGUAUAGAAGUACUGCUGUAAGAAAUAAUCUGUAUUUUUCAUCCACACGUUCUAUGCCCCCAUAGGUCCAUCUGUGGCCCGGUCCAAUGGGUCAGUUGUACAUGCUCAUGUGUCCUACCCUGGAAAUCUCACACACAGAGGUCAGAACAGAAAGAGAUACAGAACAUAAUGACUAGUAGCUAGUUGCAAUGUACAGUUGGAAAAAAGUUCAAAUCUAAUAAACGUAUCUUUACGUACACAAUUCUUAUUUCAAAAGACAAUGUGUAUGAUGAAUGAAUGACUUUAAUGUGUGCGUGUGUUUCACUGUCCUCCUUCCACAGAUAUCUACUACUUUGUGUUCGCCCCAACACUCUGCUAUGAGCUGAACUUCCCCCGGUCACCACGGAUACGCAAGAGCUUCCUGCUGAGGAGACUCUUUGAGAUGGUGAGGUCAAAGAUCAUAUCAGGAAAACAGAGAGACCUGGGAAUAUGCUAUUUACAUGCACCCUACUAUCAUGAAAACAUAUAUUUUAAAGCACCAAUUAGCAGUUAAAGUGUUCUCACCACCACUGUUUCAGUACAAAUCUGAGGGAUGUGGCUGGAGAAAUGUAAAUCACUCUCAAAUUCAUAGUUGGAGCUAUGGAUGCAAGGACUGACCAUCCAUUAUAUUUUUUAACCAUGUUUUGAGGCUAUACAGUGUAUGUUUGCAUUUACUUUGUUUACAAACAUUGGACUAAAACUAACUAAUCUCAUGAGGCAUUUAUUAAGUUAUAUUCUUCAAGAAUUAAUGGGUACAUAUCAUACAUUCCAAAAAUGGAUGUAGCAACUGCUGAUUGCCCCUUUAAUACAUUUUAAAGAUGUUGUGUCAAAUCUAAAAACAUGAUCUGAAAUAUUUUCCAGCUUUUCUUCAUACAGUUACUGAUUGGAUUGGUACAACAGGUACGUUCAUUAUGUGUUGUCCAUACUGACAUUACCUUGGUUAAUAUUUGGUGUAUUUUCACUCAUCAAACCAGAUUAUUUAAUUAAUGGGUGGCUUUAUUAUCCCAAAUAACAAGAUACACUUUUAUGUUAACCAUGUCUCACAGAUGCACUAAUGUGGAUGUUCUUUUUUCAGUGGAUAGUGCCGACCAUUCAGAAUUCCAUGAAACCAUUCCAGGUGAAAAUUAACAUCCUUUGUCUGUUGGACUUUUGUCUAUUCAACUGCUCCAUUUCUUUGUGCUUAGGGGUGACUUUGUUUCAUGUACCCCCUAUGGCAGGAUAUGGACUUUUCCAGAAUGAUGGAGCGCAUGUUGAAACUGGCUGUGAGUACAAAUACAGACCACAUAACCUAAACCCAUGUCUCCAUUACGGCUGUCCCCGACUAAAAAAAAUAUUUGUCGACAGAAAGUUGUCUGACCAAUUGAUUGAUUUUCCAUAUAUUUUCUAUGUGUUUGAAUAAAAUCAACUACACUGAACAAAAAUAUAAACACAAAAUGUAAAGUGUUGGUCCCAUGUUUCAUGAGCUAAAAUAAAAAAUCAGAUAUUUUCCAUAUGCACAAAAAACUUAUUUUUCUCAAAUUUGGUGCACAGUUUUUUUUUUUUUACAUCCUUGUUAGUGAGCAUUUCUCCUUUGCCAAGAUAAUCUAUCCACCUGACAGGUGUGGCAUAUCAAGAAGCUGAUUUAAACAGCAUGAUCAUUACACAGGUGCACCUUGUGCUGGGGACAAUAAAAGGCCACUUUUAAAAUGUGCAGUUUUGUCACCCAAUGCCACAGAUGUCUCAAGUUUUGAGGGAGUGUGCAAUUGGCAUGCUGACUGCAGGAAUGUCCACCAGAGCUGUUGUCAGAGAAUUGCUGAGGAGUAUUUCUGUCUGUAAUACAGACCUUUUGUGGGGAAAAACUCAUUUUUAUUGGCUGGGCCUGGCUGCCCCUGCCCAGUCAUGUGAAAUCGAUAGAUUAGGGCAGGGUUCUUCAAUUCCGGUCCUGGAGGGCCGAAACACUUCUGUUUUUUUAUUUCUACCUGGUAGUUAAUUGCACUCACCUGGUGUCCCAGGUCUGAAUUAGCCCCUGAUUAGAAGGAGAGGAUGAAAAACAGGUGUUUCGGCCCUCCAGGACUGGAAUUGAAGGACCCUGGAUUAGGGCCUAAUUUAUUUAUUUCAAUUGACUGAUUUCCUUAUAUGAACUGUAACUCAGUAAAAUCGUUGAUAUUGUUGCAUGUUGUGUUUUUAUAUUUUUGUUCAGUAUAUAUGUAUUGAGUUUGUCUGAUGCUUUAAGCACACGGUUUGAUGAAAUAAGACACAAAUGACUGAAGAGGGAGCCAGAGAUCAAGACAACCAGAAGAAAAAAUCUACCUGACCCGACCAUCUUCCUCUCGCUCCUGCUGGCUUUCGCAGAUUCUGCCGUUACUCUCCUGAAGUUGCUGGUAAUGGGCUACACAAGGAGUCGGCAACCUUUCUCAUGUGGAAUGCCAAUUUAUCAUACAAUUUCUACUGAUCUGCGUGCCAGUUAUGGUUCAUAUGCACAUUUUCGUGAAACAGUUUAAUAAAAUGUAUAACAAUGUCUUCGUAUCUCAAUCAUUGUCAUGGGGUUAAUAAAAAUUAUAUUGCUGGAACACUGUCACUGUACAUGUCGAUCCAGAGUAUCCCAAACAUGCUCAAUGGGAGACAUGUCUGGUGAGUAUGCAGGCCAUGGAAGAACUGGGACAUUUUCAGCUUCCAGGAAUUGUGUACAGAUCCUUGCGACAUGGAGCUGUGCAUUAUCAUGCUGAAACAUGAGGUGAUGGCGGCGGAUGAAUGGCACAAUAAAUGGGCCUCAGGAUCUCGUCAUGGUUUCUCUGUGCAUUCAAAUUGCCAUUGAUAAAAUACAAUUGUGGUCGUUGUCCGUAGCUUAUGCCUGCCCAUAACAUGCCACCAUGGGGCCCUCUGUUCACAAUGUUGACAUCUGCAAACAAAACAACGUUGGAGGCGGCUUAUGGUAGAGAAAUUAACAUUCAAUUCUCUGGCAACAGCACUGGUGGACAUUCCUGCACGCUCCCUCAAAACUGCACAUUUUAGAGCGUCCCCAGCACAAGGUCCACCUGUGUAAUGAUCAUGCUGUUUAAUCAGCUUCUUGAUAUUCCACACCUGUCAGGUGGAUGGAUUAACUUGGCAAAUGAGAAAUGCUCACAAACAGGGAUGUAAACAAAUGUGUGCACAGAAUGUAAAAUAAAUAAGCUUUUUGUCCUUAUGGAACAUUUUGGGGAUAUUUUAUUUCAGCUCAUGAAACAUGGUACUUUUACAUGUUGCAUUUAUAUUUUUCAGUGUAGAUUACAAAUUAUAGAAAUUAAUGGUAAAUGUACUACUGGUGAUAUAGCCUAUGUAAUGGGGGAAUUGAUAGACACUGACAAUCGAACACAAACAACUCACACAAUUAAGUUAUGAAACAACAAAUUGGUGGGAGACAGUGCAUUCUGGAGAGAGACGUGCAUAUUAGCCACGCUCCCCUUCUCCUUGGACUGUGCCAUUCCUGCGGCCGCAAUGGAUUAGUCUCUGGCUCUGCAAUGGAUUAGUUCACUGAGAUGGGCCCGAAUCAGACAGGUGUCUCCUGUGCCAUAAAACAAAUGUCCUCUCACUGUCAACUGCGUUUAUUUUCAGCAAACUUAACAUGUGUAAAUAUUUGUAUGACAAGAUUCAACAACUGAGACAAACUGAACAAGUUCCACAGACAUGUGACUAACAGAAAUUGAAUAAUGUGUCCCUGAACAAAGGGGGGGUCAAAAUCAAAAGUAACAGUCAGUGUCUGGUGUGGCCACCAGCUGCAUUAAGUACUGCAGUGCAUCUCCUCCUCAUGGACUGCACCAGAUUUGCCAGUUCUUGCUGUGAGAUGUUACCCCACUCUUCCACCAAGGCACCUGCAAGUUCCCUGACAUUUCUGGGGGGAAUGGCCCUAGUCCUCACCCUCCGAUCCAACAGGUCCCAGACGUGCUCAAUGGGAUUGAGAUCCGGGCUCUUCGGUGGCCAUGGCAGAACACUGACAUUCCUGUCUUGCAGGAAAUCACUCACAGAAUGAGCAGUAUGGCUGGUGGCAUUGUCAUGCUGGAGGGUCAUGUCAGGAUGAGCCUGCAGGAAGGGUACCACAUGAGGGAGGAGGAUGUCUUCCCUGUAACGCACAGCGUUGAGAUUUCAAGCUCAGUCCAAUGAUGCUGUGACACACCGCCCCAGACCAUGACGGACCCUCCACCUCCAAAUCGAUCCCGCUCCAGAGUACAGGCCUCGGUGUAACGCUCAUUCCUUCAACGAUAGGCAACGUUGUUGCCGGUGAUGUCUGGUGAGGACCUGCCUUACAACAGGCCUACAAGCACUGAUGGAGGGAUUGUGCGUUCCUGGUGUAACUCGGGCAGUUGUUGUUGCCAUCCUGUACUUGUCCUGCAGGUGUGAUGUUCGGAUGUACCGAUCCUGUGCAGGUGUUGUUACACGUGGUCUGCCACUGCAAAGACGAUCAGCUGUCCGUCCAGUCUCCCUGUAGCGCUGUCUUAGGCGUCUCACAGUACGUUCACGCAGAUGAGCAGGGACCCUGGGCAUCUUUCUUUUGGUGUUUUCCAGAGUCAGUAGAAAGGCGUCUUUAGUGUCCUAAGUUUUCAUAACUGUGACCUUAAUUGCCUACCAUCUGUAAGCUGUUAGUGUCUUAACGACCGUUCCACAGGUGCAUGUUCAUUAAUUGUUUAUGGUUCAUUGAACAAGCAUGGGAAACAGUGUUUAAACCCUUUACAAUGAAGAUCUGUGAAGUUCUUUGGAUUUUUACGAAUUAUCUUUGAAAGACAGGGUCCUGAAAAAGGGACGUUUCUUUUUUUGCUGAGUUCAUAUAUAGUACCAGUCAAAAGUUUGGACACACCUACUCAUUCAAGGGGUUUUCUUUAUGUUUUACAUUGUAGAAUAAUAGUGAAGAUAUCAAAACUAUGAAAUAACACAUAUGGAAUCAUGUAGUAACCCAGAAAGUGUUAAACAAAUCAAAAUAUAUGUUAUAUGAGAUUCUUCAAAUAGCCACCCUUUGCCUUGAUGACAGCUUUUGCAUUCUGCAUUCUACACUCUUGGCAUUCUCUCAACCACCUUCACCUGGAAUGCUUUUCCAACAGUCUUGAAGGAGUUCACACAUAUGCUGAGCACUUGUUGCCUGCUUUUCCUUCACUCUGCGGUCCAACUCAUCCCAAACCAUCUCAAUUGGGUUGAGGUCGGGGGAUUGUGGAGGCCAGGUCAUCUGAUGCAGCAAUCUAUCAUUCUACUUCUUGGUAAAAUAGCCUUUACACAGCCUGGAGGUGUGUUGGGUCAUUGUCAUGUUGAAAAACAAAUGAUAGUCCCACUAAGCCCAAACCAGAUGGGAUGGCGUAUCGCUGCAGAAUGCUGUGGUAGCCAUGCUGGUUAAGUGUGCCUUGAAUUAUAAAUAAAUCACAGACAGUGUCACCAGCAAAGCACCCCCACACCAUAACACCUCCUCCAUGUUUCACGGUGGGAACCACACAUACGGAGAUCAUCCGUUCACCUACUCUGCGUCUCACAAAGACACAGCGGUUGGAACCAAAAAUCUCAAAUUUCGACUCAUCCGACCAAAGGACAGAUUUCCACCGGUCUAAUGUCCAUUGCUCGUGUUUCUUGGCCCAAGCAGGUCUCUUCUUCUUAUUGGUGUCCUUUAGUAGUGGUUUCUUUGCAGCAAUCCGACCAUGAAGGCCUGAUUGACCUAGUUCCCUCUGAACAGUUGAUGUUCAGAUGUCUGUGACUUGAAAUCUGAAGCAUUUAUUUCGGCUGCAAUUUCUGAGGCUUCACCAUCUAGCAGUCCAACGGAGGAAUCUGGGUUUGGCGGAUUCCAAGAGAAAGCUACCUGCCCGAAUGCAUAGUGCCAACUGUAAAGUUUGGUGGAGGAGGAAUAAUGGUCUGGGGCAGUUUUUCAUGGUUCGGGCUAGGCCCCUUAGUUCCAGUGAGGUCGAAGGAAUUGCAAAAAUGUCUCAACUGUUUUUGCUCUGUCAAGUGGUAUUGUGGGGGUAAAAAUGAUAAUUCUUGGUCGACCAACAUCCUAUCGACCAAACAAUUGACCAGUCAACUAAUUGGGGUCAGCCCUAGUCUCCAUACAAACCUAACACUUCAUCCAUCUGUCAUUUUUCACUUUUGUCAUAUUUUCCCAGUGAAAAGAUAUGUUGGUUGACUCUCACAAAUCUCCAUACAUUACCAUUUUCCCAUACACACACAAAGCCAAGUCCAGUAUUGAAAAGCAUUCUCAAUAGAGAUUCUCCAUUCAGUGUUUCUUAGACCAAGACUAGGCUUAAUUCGUGUCCGGGAAACCGGACCUACAUUAUAACUAAAAAGAUGUAAGCUUAUAUGUACAUGAUCCUUCAUGUCCAGACUGUCUAAUGGCACAAGGCUUCCACUCCUCUCCCCUCUACCCCAACAGGUUCCCAAUCAUUUAAUCUGGCUCAUCUUUUUCUAUUGGUUUUUCCACUCUUCCAUGAACUUCGUAGCUGAGCUGAUGCGGUUCGGUGACAGGGAGUUUUACCGGGACUGGUGGUAAGUGGAUGAUGAUUCCCAGUUAGCCUUGUAUUUGUUUUUAGUUUGUGUUAUUCGUGCAGUGAUACCAUGUGAAUUGUGCCAUCGGUUUGGGUUACAUGUAGUGCUAGAUGUAAUGUUAAAAUAGCUUAGUCAAAACUCUUCUCAAUAAAUGAUUUUUUACUUCAACAGCUGCCCUGCACCCCCUUUCCCUCCAUCUCAUAUACAGUAGUAACUAGAUGUUGAACUGCAACCGUCUCUCUGAGCCAGUCACUUGUUGUUUUGUAGGACCUCUGAACCAGUCACUUGUUGUUUUGUAGGAACUCUGAGACGGUCACUUACUUCUGGGCUAACUGGAACAUUCCUGUGCACAAAUGGUGCCUCCGGUGAGUAGGAGUUGAAGAAAUAACAUUGUGAUUGGAACAAUACCACCACCUACAGCACUAACUUUAUGGCAGUAGACGUGCGCAUCGUGGUGUGUGUGUGUGUGUGCACUAAAUGCCGUAACCUUCUGUGACAUUAUAAUGGAUGGUUUUAAGAUGUACUGUAAAGUACGCUCUUGGUUACUGUCUACAGUUCCCAACUAAUACAUUAUUUAUUUUCAUCAUCCGUUGUUCUCCACAGCCACUUUUACAAACCCAUCAUGAGGAGAGGUGCGAAUAAGUGGGUCGCCCAGACGGCAGUCUUCCUGGUCUCCGCCUUCUUUCACGAGGUUCGUGUGGGUGGCUGUGAUUGUGAUGCCAUCUAACACACUGACUCAGUUUCACACUUGACUUACCUGAUUGUACAUGUCAGUGUUAAAGGCUGCAUCAUAUAAUCCUCCUCCCUCUCUUUCAGUACUUGGUGAGCGUUCCACUGAAAAUGUUCCGACUGUGGGCGUUCAUGGGCAUGAUGUCUCAGGUCAGACAACUUUUUUUUCUUUCAAAAACAAAAAUGAAUUUUCAUCAUCCAACAGUGGAUUUGGACGACAUGGUCCUCUGUUAAUGGUUACACACACAUUUUAAAGAACCUGGUUUUAGAGUUUAGUGUUAAAGGACGGUUUCCCCCUAAACUGACCUUUCAGAUUCCACUCGCCUGGUUUGUUGGCCGCUUCCUGAGAGGUAACCAUGGCAACGCUGCAGUCUGGAUCUCGCUCAUCAUUGGCCAGCCCGUCGUCGUGCUGAUGUACGUCCACGACUACUAUGUAAUACAUUACAUGUCCCCAUCA